AUGGCAACUUGUCUGCGUUACCCGGGCAAGGUGGUGAUUGUGACCGGUGGCACCAGCGGCAUCGGCCUGGCCACUGUGACAGAAUUUGUUCGCCAAGGAGCCAAUGUGGUCUUCUGUUCACGAGCAUGUGGAGCGGAAAGGGGACAAGAAAUUCAGAGGGAGCUGCAGAAUUCUGGGUGCCCGGGUGACGCAUUCUACCAAGUCUGUGAUGUCCGCAAUGAGGCAGACAUUCAGAGGUUGAUUUUGGUAACUAUAGAACGUUAUGGAUGCCUGGACUGCCUGGUGAACAAUGUUGGAACUGUUGAAGCUGAAACGAUAGAUGGUGUGUGUGCCCAAGACUUCCGCAACCUCGCACAACUCAACACUGAGAGCUGUUUGUUAACAUCAAAGUAUGCACUGCCCUACUUACGGAAAACAAGAGGAAAUAUUGUCAACAUUGCCAGUCUUGUCGGUGAUAUUGGGGCGAAGAAUCUGGUAUUGUAUACCAUGACCAAGGGUGCUGUGAUUGCAAUGACCAAAGCCCUGGCCAUAGAUGAGAGCAAAUACGGAGUACGAGUCAACAGCCUCUCACCAGGUAAUAUCUGGUCUCCUAUGUGGGAAAAGUAUGCAAGUCUGAACCUGGAUCCCGAGGCCAUAAUUCAGAAAUCUGCAUGUCAUCAGCUUCUGGGACGUUUUGGAACCCCUGAAGAGGCAGCCUUGGGCGUCCUGUUCCUUGCUGCUGAUGGAACUUUCUGUACUGGUUUCGACCUCGUGGUCAGUGGUGGAGCGGAAGUCGGCUUUGACACAAAGAACAGGGUGGAACUUCACCCUGAACCAUAUGAGAGUGGGAGAAUUCAGGUCUUCUCUAGGAAGUAA